AUGGGGAAAUUAGAUAUUGCCGGAAAUGACUCUUGCAAGGUUCAAGUUCAACCACGUGUUGAGGAAACAACAAAAGUUUCAGGCCAAGUUAAAGUUAGCACAAUUCGUCGUGUCUUUGGCCGAUUUUUACCCUUUUUAUUCUCCAAAAAUAAAGUCGCUCCCUCCGCUGAUGCAGCCGGAGAUUCCUCUGUUGAAAACAAAGUUGAGGCCGAAUUGGAAGUCGGUAAUAAGCACGAAAGAUGUGUUGAUAAACCAGCUUCUGCUAACAGUGAAAAGGAUGAGACUGGAAUGGAAGUCGGCAAGGAAAGUGUCGAUAUAGCAGCAGCUGUUUCUAGCGCUGGAAACACUUCAAUGUUGAAACAACUUAGCCAAGAUGAGCAACCACCAGUUAACCAAAUGGAAAGCGAAGAAUCUGCUUACAUACAUGGCCUAAGAAGGGUGAAUGAGAUACUGCCAAAUGAUAUAAGCAACUUUGAUCCUUACAGCCUGCAGCCAGUUUUGGACGUAGCAACCCAAGAUCCUAUAAUCCUCGGUAAUGGAGCUUUCGGAUCUGUCAUCCUUGCCUGUAACCGGGGUGAUCCCAGAGCAUUAGUUGCUGUCAAACACAUUCCAUUUCGUCAGCAAAAUAGCGGCUUUGAGCGAGAGAAGAUUCUGCUUGAAGCACGGGUUAUGUCAAUGUUGCAAUCAUUCCAUUAUUAUCCUGAUAUCUAUGGAGUAUUUGAAGAUUUUGUCCAACCAAAGGGUAUUAGCUUAGUGAUGGAGUUUGUCAGCAUCUUCCAAGGUUUGCAAACAGUGUCCUUAGAAAGGUUGUGUAAUAAUAAGGCCGAAAAUGCCAUCGUUCUUUCUUCUGCUCAAUUCAUCAACAUUGUCGAAGAAAUUACACGCGGACUGAAACUGCUCCAUACAUAUGGUCUGCUCCACAAUGACAUUGCUGCUAGAAAUAUAAUGUUGUGUCACACAUACUCUGGUGUAUUACAAGCAAAAAUCGUUGACUUCGGACUGGUCUGUGCCAUCGACGCUCCAAUUAGCCGCAACUUCAACUACCUCAGUGAUUUCGAAAUGCAACGAUGCAUGCGGGAGAACCCAGAGAUUGCUCCUGAGCUCUUAGCCGGUGCUUUACCUUCAGUUGAGACGGAUAUCUUCGCUCUGGGCACAGUCAUCAAAUCCAUUGCCACAUUCAGCAGACUCGCUGUGUUAGAUAAACUUGGAGACAAAUGUCGCCUGUAUUAUCCAAUGGCGCGAUCAUCGCUCAAUGAAGUACUUGAAGAUAUUGAAUUUGUCCAGGAUGACACAUCUUACCUUAACUUAAACUUUUAG